UUGACCAACUUCCGGUCCACUUGUCCCCAGCAGCCCCGGCCAUUGAGCGCGUAACACUCUACGAGGCAGCGCGCGGGCGGGUGGGCCGUGAGGGGUGCAGUCCAAACCUCCAGUUCGAUCAGGACCAGAACCGAAGGAACCGCAUGGAGCCCAAAAGGGCAAGAACUUGCCUGCCGUAGCGCGCGAGGGUCUGCAAUAAGGAGCAGACGAGAGGUGCGCGCGCACACACACACACACAACCGCGCGUGUCUGGAAGAAGUGUGCUUCAAUGUUGGCGAGGAAGAUGAGGCGGCACAACCGAGCUUUGAUGAUGCUGAUGAUCGGAACUUUAAACGCAGGGCUGACGGCUGGCCACGCCCCCACCAGGGAAUGCUUGUACUACAACGUCAACUACGAAAUGGAGCUGACCAACCAGAGCGGCGUGGAGCGCUGCGAGGGCGACGCCGACAAACGCUCGCACUGUUACGCCUCGUGGACCAAUGAGUCGGGCGCCAUUGAGCUGGUAAAGAAAGGAUGCUGGCUUGACGACUUCAACUGCUACGACCGUGAGGAGUGUGUGUCCACUGAAGAGAGUCCUCAGGUCUUCUUCUGCUGCUGUGAAGGAAACAUGUGCAACAACAAGUUCACGCACUUGCCGGAUGCCGCCGGCUCACGUGAGUUCAUCCAAGCUCCGACCCCCAGAAUCAGCGUGAUACACGUCAUCUUUUAUUGCCUGCUGCCCGUCACAGUGCUGUCAACCAUUCUGCUUGCCACUGUAUGGAUGUACCGCCAUCGCAAACCUCCGUACGGACAUGUGGACGUCACUGAGGACCCAGUUCCUCUGCCUGAUUCCCCCCUCUUGGGGUUAAAGCCCCUGCAGUUGCUGGAAGUGAAAGCCAGAGGGCGCUUCGGUUGCGUCUGGAAGGGCCAAAUUCUGAACGAGUUUGUGGCCGUCAAGGUGUUCCCUAUCCAGUACAAGAUGUCGUGGCAGAACGAGCGGGAGGUGUUUACCACGCCGGGAAUGAAGCACGAAAACAUACUGAAGUACGUUGGCGCCGAGCAGCGAGGGCGCCACCUAGAGGCCGAACUGUGGCUCAUCACAGAGUUUCAUGAGCAGGGUUCGCUCUGCGACUUCCUGAAGGCGAACGUCAUCAGUUGGUUAGAGUUGUGUCACAUUGGGGUGUCCAUGGCGUGUGGUCUGGCGUACCUGCACGAAGAUGUACCCCGGAACAAAGGCGAGGGAGCCAAACCCGCAAUCGCUCACAGGGACUUCAAGAGCAAGAACAUCAUGAUGCGUUCAGACCUGACCGCCGUCAUCGGAGAUUUCGGCUUGGCUGUGCCCUUUGAGUCAGGAACGCCGCCCGGUGAGACGCACGGACAGGUAGGGACGUGGCGCUACAUGGCUCCUGAGGUUCUAGAAGGCGCCAUCAACUUCCAGCGGGACGCCUUCCUCAGAAUCGACAUGUACGCUUUGGGCCUGGUCCUGUGGGAGCUGCUGACACGCUGCAAAGCCGCUGAUGGUCCAGUAGGCGAGUACAUGCUGCCAUUCGAGGAGGAAGUAGGUCAGCAUCCGUCACUGGAGGACCUUCAGGAAGUUGUUGUCCACAAGAAGUUGAGGCCGGCCUUCAAAGACGUUUGGUUCAAACAUAACGGUCUGUGCCAUGUGUGCGAGACGGUGUCGGAAUGCUGGGACCACGACGCCGAGGCCCGACUGUCGGCCGGCUGCGUGCAAGAGCGCAUGGGCCAAGUGCGUCGCCUCACUAGCGCCGUAGCCCCGCCCACCUUCUCCUCUUCUGUCCCUCCAGUUGUCAUGGUAACCAACGUGGACCUCCCGGCCAAAGAGUCCACCAUGUGACCAGUAAAACUUUUGGCACACACACACACACAUAAGUUCAGGUCCGACUCAGUGAAUGAUCUCCAGGUACCGCAGCAUUUUUUUCUGUCUCUGAAGUGGGUGUCUACCUGCAGCCUCAUUGCGUAGCAACCAGCACCAGCUACACCUCAAAGUGACAGGUCUCACUCUUAAACAGGAAGUGAUGUCAGAGUGACGCUGCAUUGACCUUUCGCUAAUCCCCGCCAGUGACUGUUGCCAGGCUUGUCAGCUGAAAUUAGGAAGUAAUGCACAAGAUACCAGAACUACCACAAAAAGGAGUCAGAGAACAGUGAUAAAGCUUUUUGUUUAUACAACCAUUACAAAUAAAUUUAUAUUUACACACAUAUGUACACAUAAUUACAUUUAGUAGUAAAAUAGCUAGCUUUAGCGAAGGAGCUAACACAUAGCCGAUAUGCUAGUUUACUCCGGUUAGCGCCACAACUUUCCACAACAAUGUACAUUGCGAAUAAUAAGCUAAUUUCUUACCUUGAAGCUGGUGUUAAGCCUGGUGGUUUCCGCCGACAACUACAUUUUAAAUAGCAAAACUUGACCAAUAACUUAGAAUAAUAUCGUAAGGAGCUGCACUGAAUUGAACCGAGCGCUGUCAGAAGAGACUGCUCUGUGAUUGGUGGGGGAUGUUUGGCUUCGCGAAAGGUCAAUGUUGACUGGUUGUUCAAGACUGAAGUGGGCGGGGUCAUGCUACAUUCAGGCGUUUGAUUGGCUGACAGCGACCAAACUUCUCAGGUAAAUUCGUUAUGUGGAGGCGGGGUUACCAGACUAUGAAAUAGGUAGAAGGGACUUAUGUGACGGUGCUUAAAGCCUAUUGGCCGUUUUUUUCUGGACACUCAACACAUGCUGUGCACACACUGCCAUUUGUGUUGUUUUCUUUUGACAACUCAUCAGGGUGAAAGGUUAAAGGUCAUCAGUCACCUGACCACUUUAUGUCUACCUCUUUUUUGUCAUGUUUAACACUGAAAGGGUCAAUCCCCACUUUAAAGAUUCCAACAUAAACAUUGGACUGUUCCUUUUAAUGUGCAUUUUUAAGUCAGGUGCUUAAAAAAACAACAACAAUGUGAACCUCAGUACAGCAAAAAUACCUCAGAUGAAUUUUGUAUGUGUUAUUUAUUUUUGUUUUAAUUGAAAAGUUAUCCACAUUGUAAAAAGUUAUAACCCCGGUCUUCUCUCCUCCUCCCUUGUGCAUCAUCCUGAUCAAAACAUCACAAAAUCUGCAAUAAUUUAAAAAAUGUUCAUAGUAAAAUGACAAAUACGCAGGUUAAAACAUACUUGGCCAACAAAGCUGAUUCUGAUUUCCCAGGUUUGAUGCAAUGUUCCCCCCACUGUCAUGUACCUGUAGCAUGUAGCAUUGUUAGCAUUAGGCAGGUACGGCAAACUGUUAAAUCUAAUCUUGGCGCAUCACAGGGGCCUCCUGCACAACCAUCUUGGCGCUGAGAAAGCACGACUCCAAAACAAAAUAUUUUACUGUUGCAAUUGGAAAGUUAAAAGUUCAACAAUGCGCACUUCCUGUUGUAAAGUUUGUGAACUGAUGGACAGUGAUGUUGAUGAUCCAUGUGGAAGGUAGAGGUAAUUUCAUAUUUUUAAAUGGUACUUUUUAGAGGAAAAAAAUACUAUUAAGCGUGAAUGUGUGUGUGCUGUCAGAUGAUUUUUUCUUCUCUUCGUCUACUCAGUCCCAACAUGUAGUUUUAACCAUCUCUCACACACAUUACAUAAGGGAAAACAAUGAUUGAACUUUUUGUAUGUGAAUAAUAAAUGGUUGCAAUUA